UAAACAGAAGGUAAGGACACAGGUAGCCAUGUUUGUGACUGAGACAAGACAACCCUCUUCACCACGCUGACUACUACCAGCCUCCUGCACACGUCGUCCAGCAGCAGAAGCUCAUUAAGUCCUGACACAAGCUUUGAGGCCUUCCUCAAGUCCCACACCUGUGGGACCAUGGACCCGUACGUGGACACUUUGGACGAUAAUCCAGAGGCUUUAUUCGAUAUUCUCACCAUACAGUCUAUGCAUGAACGUUACUCUGAUUCUGAAAAGACUGAAGUGAGUAAUGAAAGUUUUGUAGAUGUCGCAUUAGUGACUGACAAGGAUUUUGAGAAUUUUGUGCGAGAAUUUCCAAUCGAUGAUAGUAUUUCCGAGUGUUUCGCCGCCAACAACUUAAAUGGCGCACCUACUUCAAUUAACUCUAACUAUAGAGAUUCUCAUCCACGACCUAAUAAACUAAAAAAGAAACACAUACCUAAUGGUAUCCAUGACAACCACAUACUGAGUGAUGACGAUUCAAAAUCGAGCGACUCAAAGAAGUCAAAACUUGGUAACCUUUUCCACCGUAAACCAAAAGUCAAAGGUCAACAAAAGAACGUGCAUAACGUAGACAGUCAAAACGAGGUUCAAGGUGGCGAAACAGCAGUAGGUGUCAAGGCGAACAGAGAGGAGGUAACACGAACUCAGAGCUCUCCUCGCAAAUUACCUCCCCUACCAAAGAUAAAAGGAGGAUCUUCAGUCGGAUCCUUAAAGGGAUCAGUUGAGUCCCGCAGGUCAAAGUCAUCGUCUCAACAGGAGAUAAAAUACUGGUUCACCAUCAUCGACGCAGAGGACGAUGAAGAUAAGAUUAUCCAGACGUUGACGUCAUGGCCAGAGGAGAGACUUAGGAAGCUUAGAGAUGGCCAAGGAAACACUCUACUUCACAAGGCGGCAAUGGUUGACAAAACUAAAGUAAUAAUCGAGCUCGGAACCCGGUUUCCAGAAUUGACAUAUGACCUCAAUUAUGAUCGGCUGUCUUCCUUAGAUGUAUCUGUUCAGUAUGGAAAGGAGAUGGCUAUGAACGCUCUGUUAAAGCUACAGUACGGUGAAGAGGCGCCACCUCCAGGAACAGUUAGCAAACUGCUAGAAGUAGCGGCAAAGAAAGGGGAGUGUGGAUGCCUCGAGAAAUUGCUCGGCUUCCUUUCCAAGGAAAAGGAAGGCCAAUUGAUGUUACCUAAGAAUAGCAGGGGAGAUACUGCAGCACACAUCGCAGCGGCCCAUGGUCACGUGACAUGUCUACACGUGAUGAUAGAGCAGGGUUACUCAGGUUGGACAGAGAAUGCUGAAGGUUUACACCCCUUACAUGUUGCUGUGCAUCACAACCAGAUGGCGUGUUACCAUUUCUUGCUACUCCACCAGUGUUGUAAAUGUUUGUUGCGAGAUCAUACGUCGGACAGUCUUGCAGUGAAGAGACUUCGAUCCAACAGGAUGACCACUCAAAGUGCCAUUGAACAGCUAGAGCAGCGUCUUGUUUGUCAUCAGAAGAAUGUCUUGGACACGUUGAAAAGCAGUGCAGAAACACAGUUGACUAUUACCGAGAGUCUAACCAAUCUCUAUGGCAAGGUGGAGGUACUGCUGGACGGAAUAGAAUCCGAUAAGAAAACGCAACUUAGGACACAGCUGGACAAUAUCCGGGCAGAAGGAGAGAGAUUACAGGACCUGUUCGAGUUCUCUCCCCUAGCUAGUACAAGCGAUCUCUUGUCCAAAGUGCUGAAGGAUUUCUCCACGUUGACGGUAGACUCCGAUCGAUCGGAGGGGGAAAAUGAGAGUGUUUGCCUCGAACCUUCUUCAAAAUCCUUCAUAUCGAAGGUCGCUGAAGAGGUACAGAAAAUUCUGCCUUCAAGUAAAAAUAUUCCCGGUGACAUUGACAGCAUCAUCAACACAGUUUUGUUAAGUCAAAAUAUUAAUAUAGACGUUCAGAAAGAGCGGCAAGAACCCAUGUGUGCGCCGGACAAGGGAGUUAGUGUUGAUCCUACAGAUAAAAAUGAUGUGGCAAAGGUUAUUCCAGCAGAAACAGUGAAACCUAGAGAAAAGGAAGUGAAAUUCUCUAGUGUGUUACCCACUAAUCGUCCACCAGACCAACAUCCGGAUGGACAGCUCAUUGUGCGUGAUGCUCCUAUGUACGCGAAUAGAUACACUUCACGGCAACUACAAAACCGAAUGUUUCCUCCAGUCGACCAAGUGUCAGUUUGUUCAAACACAAUUACGCUAACUUCUGGUAUAACCGGAACGGAACGGACAUCGGAUUGGACUUCACGUGCUGAUACUCUUAGUGCAGAUUCGAGUGAUUCUGAAUCUGAUUGGUGGGAAGACACACGACGCAAUGCCUCUAGGUGGCGUCACAGGAGAGCAAAUGAGGAGGAAGAUGACUAUUAUGAUGACGAUGAUACUUUUUCUAACAACGUUGUGUUGAACUUAGAAAACGAAGAUGCGCCCGAAGAAGUGCUUCGAGAACACCGCCUUGCCCAACACCUUCAAGCCAUGAAGCGGUUUAAUACUGAACGAAGUGACUUGGUCGAGACUGUCGUGACGGCAAGUGGACGGAGGCUUGGAGGCCGGGCCAGACCCGACCCUUCCUACAUACACAAUCCCGACCCGCGCAUCAGUCACCAUCGGUAUAGGCAGCAAGUCACCAAACCAGAUACUCUUAGCAACCGUAAGAUAAAAGAUCGCCAGAGAUCGAAAAUUAAACUGUUUAGUGAGGAGGAUAUUCAAGGACCAAGCGAACUUACAUCGUCAGAGUUUCUAGACAGUUACGGACGAUCAACAGGAGAGUUCGGACGAUCGACAGAUACACAGGAAAAACGUUGGGACGAGGUGUCGUUAACAGAUGCAGAUGAAGCAAGAGAAAAUGACAAGGCCUGGUAUGAGAUGUCAGAAGACGAGGAGAGCAUUAUCCAAACAUGGCGCAGUGAUGAAGAAGACAACCAGUCACAUGAUUAUAGACAAUUUACGUCAUGACGAUUGUCUUAUAUUGUCACAUGACAUCACGUGACAGUAUGAUGGAAAGUACUAGAAACAAUGAUGUAAUUGUGUGGAUUAAGAAGAUAAGAGGGAAUUCAUAUAUUGACAAUGGAUAUGAUGAUAAACAAUUGAAUGUGUAAAUGAAAUGUAAUCAUGGACAUUGGCAAUUCAGUUGUGUUUUGUGAUAGAUGGUGUCAUAUAAAAGAGUUAUCAAGCACUGCCUAAACACAAUGUAAUGUCGUCACUAAAUAAAGGAUAAACGUUUCUGUUGUAAUACAA